AACGGUCGCUUGGAGUACUAUGCGUUUUAAAUCUUUUUCCGUUUACAUCGUAACAGAUGAAAGUUUCAGAAAGUGCGACAAUUUUCAUACAGAGUGAAACACACAAUAUUAUUAAUGUGCCAAAAAUCAGUGGAGUUGAAAUAAAGGAAACAUGAACACACGGAUCGGAAAGAAAGAUAAAUCGCAAAAUAUACAGGUUUUUAUUCGUGUUAGGCCUCUAAUUGCAACCGAAGAGUAUAAUAAAUCAUCGUCAAUAGUAGAAGUUCCAAACGACAAAGAAGUGAUAGUACAUGAAUUUCCAAAAGAGAAGUCAAUAAAGAAAUUCAAAUUUGAUAAUGUAUUUGGACCCUCUUCGAAACAGAUUGAUGUCUACAAUGCUGUUGUCAGUCCAUUAUUGGAACAAGUAUUGGCUGGAUACAAUUGUACAGUAUUCGCGUAUGGACAAACUGGUACUGGAAAAACUUUCACAAUGGAAGGAAUUAACACCGAUCCAACUUUACAUUGGCGAAGCGAUUCUUCCGCUGGCAUGAUUCCACGUUCUUUAAGCCAUUUAUUCGACGAGUUACAAUUACUAGAAGCCCAGGAGUACACGAUUAGAGUUAGUUUUUUGGAACUAUAUAACGAGGAGUUAUUCGAUCUUUUAUCCGCUAGCGAUGACGGCUCUAAAAUAAGAUUAUACGAAGACGCAUCAAAGAAAGGUGCAGUAAUUAUUCACGGAUUAGAAGAAAUAACAGUACUCAAUAAAAGUGAAGUUUAUAAAAUCCUUGAAAAGGGAUUAGAACGAAGACAAAUUGCUGCGACACUGAUGAAUGCUCAUUCUAGCCGAUCGCAUACGGUAUUUUCAAUCACCGUGCACAUGAAAGAGAACACUAUCGACGGCGAAGAAGUAUUAAAAACCGGUAAACUAAAUUUGGUAGAUUUAGCAGGCAGUGAGAACGUCGGUAGGUCCGGUGCCAUUGAUAGAAGAGCAAGAGAAGCUGGUAGUAUCAAUCAAUCUUUAUUAACUCUUGGUAGAGUUAUAACAGCUCUUGUUGAGAGAGCGCCUCACAUACCCUACAGAGAAUCUAAGCUUACAAGAUUGUUGCAAGAAUCAUUAGGUGGACGCACAAAGACGUCAAUCAUUGCAACCAUCUCCCCUGCCAGUAUCAACCACGAGGAAACUCUGUCCACGUUGGACUAUGCUCGUCGAGCAAAGAAUAUUACCAACCGUCCCGAAAUAAAUCAGAAGCUGUCGAAGAAAGAAUUUCUCAAACAGUACACUGGAGAAAUAGAACGACUGCGUCGAGAUUUAUUGGCCACGCGCGAAAGAAACGGUGUGUACCUCGCAGACGACAAUUACAAUGAAAUGAAAGCGUUAAUUUCCCAGCAGAGCAAAGAAAUCGAGGAGAAGAUCAACAAUAUAAAAGCUUUGGAGAAAUCCAUGCAAGAUAGAGAGAAAAUAUACAACGAGCUUAAAUUACAAAACAUAGCGCAAAUGCAAGAGUUGGAUAAGGCUAAAAAUAAAUUGAACAACGCUGCGGAAGCUUUGAAGUCGACGCACGAACGUUUGAAAAUCACGAAUCAAGAGAGGGACGAGCAGAAGUAUCUCGUGGAGAAGCAUGUCAACACCGAAGAAGCUUUGUUGGCUCAAGCUCAGUCGCUGGUGAACGUCGCGGACACGGCAACCGCGGAUUCUCGUAAGCUUCACGAGAAGAUCGGUCGCAAGAAGAACGCGGAGCAAAAGUUCGAGAUGCUCGGGGAGCAAUUUAAGAACAGUAUCCGCGAGAAUCUACGAGGCAUCGAAAAUGACAUCUGCAGAUACGGGGAGAACAUUAAACAGUUCUCCGCGUCGAUGAGAAACAACAUCGACGCCGAGACCAUCAUGAGAUCCGAGAUGAUCGAUCCAGAGAUGUACUCGCGUUCGGCGGAUCUGAUCGAGAACGAUUUGGUAGUGAAUAAUUUAAAAGAGAAAAUAAACGAACUGUACUCGAGUUAUCAGAAUUGGAUGAAGGACGAGAUGAUCGGCGCGGCGGACGCGCUGCAGAACAAACACGAAUUCUUCAGUGCUGUCUCCCUGACGUCGACAGAGGAGAUCGAUAAGUUAAUUAGAAACGAGAUCACCAAGAAUCUGCAGUCUCUGAAGAACAAUUUACUGGAGAAGGUCAGAGAAACGUCGAGCCAGUUGAAGGAAAUGGUGAGCUCUCUUUGCAACGAGGAACUGAUCGCUUGCGACAGCAUCGGUAGAAACAUUGAGGCGAUCAAAGAAGAUCUAGACGAAGUUUGCAAGAGGCAAGAGCUCACGGAGAAGCAACGUUCGUUCGCGAGGAUGAUGGGCGACGUGUCUUCUCAGUUCGAUCUUCUAAGCAGGAGCGAGAACGAACAUUACUCCAUGGUGGCUGACAAGUGUAAUUAUGCUCGCGAUAUCUGCGAUCAGGUUAACGUGCAUGCGGUGGACACUCGCGACAGCAAUGUGAAGAUGGGAACCACUCUGCAGAGACACGUGCAAAAUCAUUUGGAAGCCAUCGAGAGCGACGUCGUCACUGGAACGGAGAGAAACGAGAAGCUGGUGAACAAAACCAUGAUGGAAGGGAAGAACAUGGUCUGCGAAUUGAAGUCGAACAUAGACACAAGCUGUAAUAUAUUGAAGCAGUACAAGAACCAAGUUAAGUGGAGCGUGGAGGAAGCGCAGCACGCGAUGGCCACGGACAAAAACGAAGCUCUGCAUCUGUUGGACAACGCGAAUAAGAUACUCAACGACGCGAAUGAGAAUCAUGCAAUGAAAACCGUGGAAAUCGAACUUGCCAAUGCCUCCCAGAACAUAUCUAGUAAAUUGGACAAUUUAAUCCUGGAAUCGAAUGAAUGUUGCAACAGGAACGUCGAGCAACUGCACACAGCCAUAGAUGAAAUUGAUAAGUUCUUCGAGGAAGAAAUACAGCACGACGUUCCCACAGGUAUGACUCCUGCGAAGAAAGAAUUCUCCUAUCCUCGUCAGUUCACUGUAACGUCACCGCAUGAUAGAAUUCUUCAGAGAUUCAGGGAAGCUAGGAAUUUAGUGGAAACGGAGGAUGAUGAUGACACAUACUUAGAUGGUGAAAUGACGAUGAAACAAAUUGCAAACUCGACUGCUAUAUCCGAUGUGACCGUGAUAUCCUCGCCACCUGAUAAUACAGGUUACAUAUCAUCCAUGAACAGUGAACUGAUGUCGAAACAUUUGAGUUCGUGUAAUCCCAUAGACUCCAAUACCGGAGACUUCACGUCGGCAUUGGAUAUAACAGAAGAAUGUAAGACCUCGUAUAAUUUCUUGCAGAACGAAACCGAGGAACGCCAUAGUUUUAACUCCUUCUCUUAUGAGAAAGCAAAGGAUGUACAACAGUUGACGCUGCAGAAGCUGAAUUGAAAAACAAUAGGAUGGAUUCCAUGUUCGCAAUGUUUUAAAGGAACUCCCGGAGAACGAUAAAUUCUUGGCAAAUGAACUUUUAAUUGAUCUAUUAACACCUCGUGUAUAUUUCAAGGAAACAACAUUCGGACUGUCCUCGAGCCAACGGGCUCCUAUUUUAUAACUAUUUAAAUUCCAACAAGGUGUCGGGAAUUUAAAUCGUCAUUUGUACACAGUGUUUCAUUAAACACUCUGUAUCUCGUCGGUAUCAUUUUUUUUUUUAUUAAUGUACAAAACAAUGUAAAUAAGAAAUAUUGUCUAUGAAUUUUAUAAUCAAUUGUAAUAAAAUGUGUAAACAUUAAGUGGUAUUUAAGUAACGAAUAAAGCGUCAUUUGAAUUUUUAUA